AUGACGGGAAAGCGCAAGUCCCGAGGACGGGGUCUUCGAGCCACUACCGGCUGUCUCAUCUGCAAGCGACGUCAUGUGAAAUGUGACGAAGCACAUCCACAAUGUGGCCCUUGCGUCAAGGGCAAUCGACCUUGCGUAUAUGCGUCCAAAGACACAACUCCCAUUACCUCAAAGCAUGGGCACUUGACUCGAUCCCCGAAUAGUGACACCCUUUCACAGAAUGAUCCUGCUCAACCCCACGUUCAUGCUCCACUGCAAAUACUUGUUGAUGCCUGUGAUCAAGAGCAGAUUUCGCAACAAGAGAGGCACCGUCAUGGACUGCAUGCCUCUCAUGCUUCUCCUGUAACGGCCAGAGAUAUUGAGCCCCCCGGUCCAACUUUAUCGGCCUAUCAAAACUCCGAUUCACCACGUAGCCUUGCCCUGUCGCCCGGAACCGACAACUCAGUUAGCUCUACUCGGGCCGCGCCUCUGAGCUGGUUCGAGCUGCUAGCUAGGGAUGCUGCAAAUGCAGACACGGGCUUCUUGCUGUCACCUCUACAACGCUCUCCGAAUGUGCAGGCAGUCGAGGACAAGACCGACCCGAGAAACAGUGCGAACUUACGGCCACGCAGCUGGAGAGAGCGAGAGAGUUUUCAAGCAGCAGCUUUCCCAAGGGUUUCUGGAAUCGAACAACAAAUAUCUUCGCACACAUUCGAUGAAGAAUCUUUCGUACCUAAUGACUCUACUUCAUGGACGACGGCUUUCCCUAUUCCCCUGUCGGAGCUUGAGCGCCAUAUAUUUACACAUUUUGUGCGCUGUUCAAGUCAAUGGCUGGACUUUUAUGACCCCCUCAGGCAUUUCUCUACUAACGUACCACAUUUAGCAUUACGGAGUCCUGGCUUGAUGCGAGCGUUGCUAGCUUUUACAGCACGCCACAUAUCGCUCGAGUCUUCCGUGCCGGGACCCUUGGGCACUGUUGAUUCUGUCGGGUCAGAUGACAGACGUUCUUCACUAUCUCAGACCCCGAACAACCUCAACACGGUCGACCGCAAUGUGGCUGUGCAGUAUUACUACGAAACUUUGCGUUGUUUAAACAAAGCAAUGCGACAUCCUUCAUACGCUAGCAGCCACGAGGUAGUUGCGACCGCACUUCUCAUAAGCGCGUUUGAGAUGAUCGACGGAUCCAAUCAGGAUUGGGAGAGACAUCUCAAGGGUGUCUUCUGGAUUCAACGAUUUCAAGACAACGAUGGAGAGUCGGGCGGACUACGUCAGGCUGUUUGGUGGGCUUGGCUAAGACAGGAUGUCUGGGUUGCUUUGAGAGAACGUCGUCGGGUUUUCAGCUUUUGGCAACCAAAGAAGCCCUUGUCGAUUCUAUCAGCUCCCGAACUCGCUACUCGGGCUACAUGGCUUUUCGCACAAUGUGUAAACUACGCAUCCAAAGAGGAGCAAGAUACAAUGGAGCUUUCUCGGCGUCUUGAACGCGGUAGUGAAUUGCUCUAUCUUUUGCAGCAGUGGUACGAACAUCUACCUCCAGAGUAUGGUCCUCUUCCGGGCCUUUCUGAGACCCAAAUAUUCCCCCCAAUCUGGAUUCAUCCAUCACCCUAUGCGGCUUCACUGCAAGUCCACAGCCUUUCUCGUAUCCUAGUUAUUCUUCACCGUCCUUCCUCCGGGGGACUUGAAGACUAUCGUGCAGCCCAAAAGUUGCUGACAUUAUCUGUCAACACUAUAUGUGGCAUUGCACGAACAGUGGAUUCUGAAGAUAGUGCGGCUAGUCUUAUUUCACUGCAGUGCGUUUUUGGAGCGGAUGAAAUGCGCACUGCUUAG